UCCCGUUGCUCUCCUUCUCAGAUCCUCACUUUCACUCCUUGUUCUUCAUGAUCAUACUCCCUUCCAGUCUUCAACAAUCCGCAGAGCCUCGAUUUCUGGCGAGAAGAUCACAUUGUUGAAUUGGAAUGCAUCCGUUGCAUUCUCCUAUUGUUAAAAUUCAGCUGAUUUGUGUGCCAUUGCCAAUGGUGUUGAUCUGAUUAUAGGCACUGAAAGUGUGGCAUCUCGUCGUAGUCGUUUAGAUAGGCUUUUUAAUUGGUUUCUUCACCUGGAAUCUGGCAUUGGGAGUUCUGAUUUUGCAAUUUGUUUCUUGAACGAAUGAUUCGUGGGUAGUUCUCAUCUUCCUCGUUCUGUGAUUUUUCAUGCACGAAAAUGUCGUCCAUCUUGCACCAAAGAUCCACUUACAGCUCACUUGAAAAUCCGUACCCUCUUUCUCCUCGUUCUUCCUCGAGUUCUGAGAGGUCGUUUUCCAUAUUCAGCCCUAUGAACCUGCUUGCUCUGCUUUCUCUUGUUGUGAUUCUUGGAGUCUUCUUCCCAUGGAUGAAUAUACAAGAAACUAUUUUCUCAAGCUCAAAGAUCUCAAACACGAAAUGGCGAGAUUACUCGUUGGCUGACGCUGCAUCGUAUGUUGCGCGGAAUGGGACAGUGAUUGUUUGCGCUGUGAGCCAACCUUACUUACCCUUUCUCAAUAAUUGGUUGAUUAGUGUUACUCGGCAGAAGCACCAUGAGAAAGUUCUUGUUAUUGCUGAGGACUAUGCAACACUCUAUAAGGUGAAUGAACGGUGGCCAGGGCAUGCCGUGCUCGUCCCACCAGUUCCUGAUGCUCAAACAGCUCAUAAAUUUGGUUCUCAGGGAUUCUUCAACUUCACAUCUCGAAGACCACAACACCUACUGCACAUUUUGGAGCUUGGUUAUAAUGUUAUGUACAAUGAUGUUGAUAUGGUAUGGCUGGCUGAUCCAUUUCCUUAUCUGCAAGGGAAUCAUGAUGUGUACUUCACAGAUGACAUGGCUGCAGUAAAGCCUCCGCACCACUCUCAUGAUUUGCCACCUCCAGGGAAAAAGGGCCGCACUUACAUAUGCAGCUGCAUGAUUUUCCUACGCCCCACCGAUAAAGCAAAACUUGUCAUGAGGAGGUGGAUUGAGGAACUUAAAGCUCAGCCAUGGUCCAAAGCAAAGAAAGCAAAUGAUCAACCUGCUUUCAACUGGGCACUAAAUAAAACUGCUGGAGAGGUGGAUCUAUACCUGCUGCCACAGCCAGCAUUCCCAACAGGUGGACUAUACUUCAAAAACCAGUCAUGGGUUCAGGAAACCAAAGGAAUGCAUGUUAUAAUACACAAUAAUUACAUCACAGGCUUUGAGAAGAAGAUCAAACGCUUCAGGGAAUUCAACCUGUGGUAUGUGGAUGAUCAUACUCUUGAGUCCCCUCUUGGUCGAAUAUGAGAAAUUAUUAGGCGUUAUCAGUGUUCUUCCUGCAUCACAAGGUACACUCUUUCAGAACUGUGUAGCCUGAGCAACAUUUAGUUCAAUUUUCCUUCUUCCUAGCACAGUUCUGUCAGCCGAAACACAUGUCUAACUUCAGCGGAAGGCGCUCUAUUAUUGUUCAUCAACCUUCGGUUGGAGCUAUAUUUCGUUCACAAUUUGUUACUAUCAUCGUCAUUCGUUGAACAUCGAACGUUUGAUCUCUUGCUCGAGAGUAUAGUUUUGCUUUUUGCUGUUUGCUUUCA